AUGAGCCAGAAGAAGCUCGAGCACUUGGAAACUUCUUAUCAAGCGUUGAAAACAGCACAGGCUAAAUACCAGGAAUGUGGAGAUAAUGUGCAACGAAUCAAUGCAAAUGAUAGGAAAGAACUCCUCGUACCAUUGACUUCUUCACUCUAUGUUCCUGGGAAGGUGAAAGAUAGCAAUAGAUUUCUAAUUGAUGUUGGUACUGGCUACUACAUCGAGAAGACCACUGAAGAAGCUUUAGCUUUCUUUCAAAACAGAUUGACGAAGCUGACAGAAGAUUCCAAAAAAUUAUCACAGCUAAUUAAUGAAAAGCUACAAGCUCUGGAACGCGUCGAUAGCAUACUUAGAGCCAAAAUCAUGGAAAGAGAAAAGAAGCAAUAA